AUGAGUGCAACAGAGCCCACCAACGAGAAAAUCGACAAGAAUGUCUCUGACGACGAAGAUGAAGACAUUGACGCCUUAGUGGCCGAGCUUCAAUCCAACGGCCCCUUGGCAGACGGCGACGAGGAGGAAGAAGAAGACAAUGGUGCUUCCUUUGUUGCUGUGCCGGAAGAGUUGUUGCAGACAGACCCUCGUACCGGUUUGUCCGAUGACGAGGUGCACAAGAGAAGAAAGAGAUAUGGGUUGAAUCAAAUGGCUGAGGAAAAUGAGUCGAUGGUUGUCAAGUUUGCCAUGUUUUUUGUGGGACCCAUUCAGUUUGUGAUGGAGGCUGCUGCUGUCUUGGCUGCCGGUUUGGAAGAUUGGGUCGAUUUCGGUGUCAUUUGUGGUUUGUUGAUGUUGAAUGCCUUUGUUGGUUUCAUCCAAGAAUACCAAGCUGGCUCCAUUGUCGAUGAGUUGAAGAAGACCUUGGCCAAUGUCGCCUUGGUUGUGCGUAACGGCCAAUUGGUUGAGAUUCCCGCUAACGAAGUUGUCCCCGGUGACAUUUUGCAAUUGGAAGAUGGUACCGUUAUCCCCACCGAUGGUAGAAUUGUUAGUGAAGAUUGUCUUUUGCAAGUUGAUCAAUCGGCUAUCACUGGUGAAUCGUUGGCAGUUGACAAGAGACACGGUGACAAUUGUUACUCUUCGUCUACUGUCAAGACUGGUGAAGCCUUUAUGGUUGUUACUGCUACUGGUGACAAUACAUUUGUCGGUAGAGCUGCUGCUUUGGUCAACAAGGCCUCGGGGGGUACUGGUCACUUUACCGAAGUCUUGAAUGGUAUUGGUACCACCUUGUUGGUUUUUGUUAUUGUUACUUUGUUGGUUGUUUGGGUUGCUUGCUUUUACAGAACCGUUAGAAUCGUGCCCAUUUUGAGAUACACUUUGGCCAUCACCAUUAUUGGUGUGCCAGUCGGUUUGCCAGCCGUUGUUACCACCACCAUGGCUGUUGGUGCCGCUUACUUGGCCAAGAAGCAAGCCAUUGUCCAGAAGUUGUCUGCUAUUGAAUCGUUGGCUGGUGUCGAAAUCUUGUGUUCGGACAAGACUGGUACUUUGACCAAGAAUAAGUUGUCCUUGCACGAACCAUAUACUGUUGAAGGUGUCGAACCAGAUGACUUGAUGUUGACUGCUUGUUUGGCUGCUUCCAGAAAGAAGAAGGGUUUGGAUGCUAUCGAUAAGGCCUUUUUGAAAUCGUUGAUCAACUAUCCAAGAGCCAAGGCUGCCUUGCCCAAGUACAAGGUUAUUGAAUUUCAACCUUUUGACCCUGUUUCCAAAAAAGUUACUGCUAUUGUCGAAUCCCCCGAGGGUGAACGUAUUAUUUGUGUUAAAGGUGCUCCAUUGUUUGUCUUGAAGACUGUUGAAGAUGACCACCCUAUUCCUGAAGAUAUCCACGAAAACUACCAAAACACCGUUGCCGAGUUUGCCUCGAGAGGUUUCAGAUCUCUUGGUGUUGCUAGAAAGAGAGGCGAAGGCCACUGGGAAAUCUUGGGUAUUAUGCCAUGUAUGGAUCCUCCAAGAGACGAUACUGCUGCUACUGUUAACGAAGCUAGAAGAUUGGGUUUGAGAGUCAAGAUGUUGACUGGUGAUGCCGUUGGUAUUGCCAAGGAGACUUGUCGUCAAUUGGGUUUGGGUACCAACAUUUACGAUGCCGACAGAUUGGGUUUGUCUGGUGGUGGUGACAUGGCUGGUUCCGAGAUUGCCGACUUUGUUGAAAAUGCCGAUGGUUUUGCUGAAGUUUUCCCUCAACACAAGUAUAACGCUGUUGAAAUCUUGCAGUCUAGAGGUUACUUGGUUGCCAUGACUGGUGAUGGUGUCAAUGAUGCGCCAUCUUUGAAAAAAGCCGAUACUGGUAUUGCCGUUGAAGGUGCCACCGAUGCUGCCCGUUCUGCUGCCGAUAUCGUUUUCUUGGCACCAGGUUUGUCUGCCAUUAUCGAUGCCUUGAAGACUUCGCGUCAAAUUUUCCACAGAAUGUAUUCUUAUGUUGUCUACCGUAUUGCUUUGUCGUUGCACUUGGAAGUGUUUCUCGGUUUGUGGAUUGCCAUUUUGAACCACUCGUUGAACAUUGACUUGGUUGUGUUUAUUGCCAUUUUCGCUGAUGUUGCCACUUUGGCCAUUGCUUACGAUAAUGCUCCAUAUGACCCCAAGCCAGUCAAGUGGAACACUCCUAGAUUGUGGGGUAUGUCCAUCAUUCUUGGUUUGAUUUUGGCCAUUGGUACCUGGAUCACUUUGACCACCAUGUUUUUGCCAAGAGGUGGUAUCAUUCAAAACUUUGGUGGUUUGGAUGGUAUCUUGUUUUUGCAGAUCUCGUUGACUGAGAAUUGGUUGAUUUUCAUCACUAGAGCCCAAGGUCCAUUCUGGUCCUCGAUUCCAUCUUGGCAAUUGUCUGGUGCCGUUUUGAUUGUCGAUAUCAUUGCCACCAUGUUUACUUUGUUUGGCUGGUGGUCGCAAAACUGGACCGACAUUGUUACCGUUGUCAGAGUCUGGGUCUGGUCUUUUGGUGUCUUUUGUGUCAUGGGAGGUGCUUACUACAUUAUGAGUGGUAGUGAAUCGUUUGACAACUUCUGUAACGGUAAGUCGUCAAAGAAGCCCGCUCACGAUUCCAGAUCAUUGGAAGAUUUCCUUGUGUCCAUGCAAAGAGUUUCUACUCAACACGAAAAAUCUACAUGA